AUGCGCCCUCCAGCGGGUCCCGCAGCCCGGCGUUGCCGCAGUCCGCGCCCGAGCUGCCGCCCUUCCUGCAGCACCCGAGCGGCGCCACGACGCUUCCGCCGGCCGGCCCCUGGGGCCUGCAGCCAGGCGACGCCCCGCAGCACGCCGCCCGUGGCGCCCGCGGCGCCCCGACGACGCCUGGCAGCGCCGGCUCUUCGCUGCCCGUGGGCACCGCGCAGCUCGGCGCCGAGACGCCCCCGCGGGACGCCCCGCCCGACGUGCCGGGCGGGCUGUCCGUGCCGCCCGGCGGGCCGGAGGGGCCGUGCCGGGGGGCCCUCGGCGACCCGCGGGCGGCCCCGCCGCAGCUCCCCGGGGCGCGCUCGGCGCAGCCGGCAGCUGCGCCCCAGCCCGCGCCAGCCUGAGGACCAGAUCGGGCCGCGGACCGUUGAGCAGAUGCUGCCGCCCCGCACCGCCGAAGAGCUGCUGCCCCGCACGGAGGACCAUCUCGGGCCCGACGCCAUGGAGCAGCCCCCGCCCCGCACCGCAGGGCAGUUGUCGCCACCCUCGGUUGACACGCACGAGCCGCUGGCCCCCAGCUCCAUGGACCAGCUGCCGCCACGCACGUCCGAAUUGCUGGCGCCGCGGACCUUCGAGCAGCUCCCGCCGCGAACCUCCGAGCAGCUUCCGCCGCGCACCGCCGAGCAGCCACCGAAGCGCAACGACAAGCAGAUGUGGCCCCGCACCGCUGAGCAGCUGAUCCCCGGAUCGAUGGGUCGGCUGCCACCGCACACGGCCGAGCAGUUCUCGCCGAGCACAGCGGAGCAGGUGUGGCCGCGCUCUGCCGAGCAGCUGCCUGGACCAGCUGGCUGGGGCCCUCCGCACUCCAUGGACAACCUGCCACCACGAACAGCGGAGACAAGGCCCCAGUCCAUGGACAGGAUGCCGCCGCGAGCGGCGGAGUCGAUACCACCCCCGCGCACCGCCGAGCAGCUGCUUCCCCGCUCCAUGGGCCAGCCGCCGCGAACGGCGGAGACGAUGCCCCCACCCACCGCCGAGCAGCUGCUUCCCCGCUCCAUGGGCCAACCGCCGCGGACGGCGGAGUCGAUGCCCCCGCGCACUGCGGAGCAGUUGCUGCCUGGCGCUGAUGGCGCCCUGCUGCUCCAUUCCGAGCAGGUGGCGCAUGGCCCCUCCGAGCAGUUGCCUCCGAGUUCCGCGGACCAGCCACCGCCGAGAACAACGGAGACACCCCGAUCCAUGGACCAGUUGCCGCAGCGAACGGCGGAGGCGAAGCCCCCACGCACCGCCGAGCAGCUGCUGCCCAGGAACAUGGACCAGCUGCCCCCGCGAACAGCGGAGUCGAUGCCUCCGCGCUCCGCAGAGCAGUUCACACCUGGCCAUGAGCGUGCUCGCACGACGCUGCCGCCCAGCGCCGAGCAGGUGGCUGGCUCCGCCGAGCAGCUGCUUCCGCGCUCCAUGGACCAGCUGCCGCCUCCGCGCACCGCCGAGCAGCUGCCGCCGCUCGGCACCGCGGAGCAGUCGCCGCACGCGUUGCCGACAGACACCGAGCAGCUGCUGAUGCGCGGCCUGGAACAGGUGCUGCCUCCAAGCGGGGAGCAGCUCCACCACGAGGGCCAGCCCUACUCGAUGCCGCUCACGUCCUCCGUGCUGGCCCAGCAGCAGUACGCCGCCCAGAUCACAGAGCUCGAAGCCCUAGCCGUGGAGUACGUGCAGCGCAACCACGACCUCGAGGCUGUCUUGGGGUCCAUGAGAUCGACUGAGCAGAAGCAGCUGGAAGAGAUCGAGGUGCUGAGGUCGAGGCUGCUGCUGGCAGAGCACGCGGGCCCCCAGGGCCUGGGGUCGUCCCAGGACGAGGCCGACCGCCAGCUCAGGAUUGAUGAGCUGGAAGGCCGCUCGGCAGAGAUGCAGCAGGCGCUGGAGGGCGCAGCCGUGGCCGCAGAGCGGCAGAGCUGGCUGCAGCAGGACUUGGAGAAGCUGCUCGAGGAGAGGGAGGCCUCGAACCGGGCAUUGGAGGUGGAGGUGGAGCGACUGAGGCAUGCGGCCAGCGAUGCCGCCGAGGCCGAGAGAGCCGAGAGAGCCCAGAGCCAGGCCGCCGCAGAGGGCAGCGCUCUGCACAUCCGGGCCCUGGAGGAGGAGAAGCGCGCCAUGAAGCUGGACCAAUCCGCGCUCGUCGAGCGCGAGGUGGAGGCUACCGAGAGGGCGGACCAGCUCGCCAGGCGGACCUCGCAGCUGGAGGCGGAGAUCGUGGCCCUCAAGCAGGAGCACGUCCGCGUCGCAGACCUCGAGGAGGAGGCCCGGGCUGCGGCGGACCAGCAGGGCUCUCGCGCGGCGCGGCUGGAGAAGGAGCUCGAUGCCGCCAGGCUCGACGCGGACAGGCGCCGCGGCGCCCAGGGCGCCGCAGAGGCCCGGGCAGCGGAGGCCAGUGCCGCCGCCGAGGGGCACUUGCGGCGCAGCGCGGAGCUCGAGGAGCUCCUGCGGGCGCAGGCCGGCGAGGUGGAGCUCCUGCGGCAGGAGCGCGCGCGGGCGCUCGAGCUCCAGGCGCAGGCCCAGGCGAGCGCCGAGCAGAGCGCCGGGCGCAGCCGCGGGCUGGAGGCCGAGGCCGGAGGCCUGCGGGAGGAGCGCGACCGCGCGCUGGCCGCGGCGGCGGAGGCCGCGCGCCGCGGGGAGCAGGAGGCCCGCGGGGCCCAGGAGCGGCAGGCGCAGGCGGAGGGCCGGGGGCGGGCGCGCGCGCAGCAGCUGGAGGAGGAGCUCCGCGCCCUGCACCGGGAGCGCGGGCGGUGGGCGGAGGAGGAGGCAGAGGCGAGGUCCGCCAGAGAGGAGCACGCGGGUCAGAUCGCGGCGCUGGAGGCCGCGCUGGCGGACGCGGGCAGCGGCCGGCGGCAGGGCGAGGCGCACGCCGCGGAGCUGGAGCGGGCGCUGGAGGAGGCCAGCCGGCGCAACGAGGAGCUGGAGGCGAAGCUCGCCGCGCAGCAGGAGGGCCAGGAGCUGUUGGCGCUGGGGGCGACGCGGAUUGAUGAGCUGGAGGAGCAGGUGUCGCGAGGCUGGCAGUGCGAGCGGGAGCUCGAGAAGCUGCUGGCCCACGGAGCGGCGCGGAUCGAGGAGCUGGAGGAGCAGGUGGCGCAGGGUCGGCGGUGCAGGCAGCAGCUCGAGGAGGAAGCUGCGCAGCGUGAGGGGCGCAGGCGGGAGCUCGAGAGCCUGCUCGGGGCGGCGGAGGACAGGGGGCGGCAGCUGAAGGAGCUGGCCGAGGAGGGCUUGGCUCGCACCCGCGGCAUGGAGGGCCUUCUCGUGCAGCGCAGCGAGAAGCUGGAGGAGCUGCGGGAGAUGGCGGCCGCGCGCGCGGAGAAGCUGCAAGAGCAGGUCGGCAGCGCAUGGCAGGACCAGUCGGAGCACCUGCGGCUCCGGCAGGACAAGCUGGUCGUCGAGCACUCCCGGCGCUCGCAGGAGUUGGAGCUAGACCAGGCGUCGAUGCACGUCAACCGCGGCAUGGAGCUGGAGGCCGAGCUCAGAAGGUCGAAGCAGGCCGAGAAGGCACAGCUCGCGCGCAUCGCGCAGCAGGAGCAGGCGAUCGAGAGCCAGGACGCCAGGCAGGCCAGACCGAUGGCCGAGUUCUCCGCGGUCUCGCAGCCGAUGGGCGAGCUGGAGGAGGUGAUCGGCAAAGUGAGGCAGCUUGAGCGAGACCUCGCCAGCCAAAGCACCACGGUCGCGGAGCUGAGCGACAGGGUCAACGAGCAGGCCGGAAGUGCGAGGGGCGGCGACGCGGCGCUGCUGAGCGGCGAGGUGGUGCGGCUGGGCAGCGCCGUCGAGAAGUUGCGGGAGCGGCUCGGCCUGCGGGGCCUGCGCGGCAAGCUGGACGAGGAGAUGUCGCGGCUGAGCGCGCUGAGCGCGACCGCGGCGGACCUCGGCGCUCAGGCCGCCGCCACGACGCCAGAGUCGUUCUCCCCAAUCCCGUCCGAGGGAUCGCACGCGAUCGCGGGCGCCAAGCACGCCGCCUCGACCCGCGCAGAGGCCGUGAGCGACCAGCUCUCGAGGAGCCAGGCGGCCACCGCGACGCAGCCUGUGGCCGAGGCCGCCGCCCUGCAGCGCCCCACGCCGCGCGCAGAGGGGCAGAGCGUGCUGGACCCGGCCACCGCCGUGCGGGGGGCGCCGCCCGAGCGGGCGCUGCCGCCCGUGGUCACCACGGCGACGACGGUACAGGCGCAGGCGCCGGCAGCUCUGGUCGCCGCCGCGCGCGCGCGCAGCGGCAGUGCGUCGCCGAUGCCCGCCAGCAGCCGAACGAGGCAUCCUGCAAGCGUGCCGCUCUCAGGCCCGACAGCAAGCCGCCCGGCCCCCUUCGUCUUCAGCACAGGCAGCGGGCCGCAGACGCAGACGCGGGUGGCACGGGCGGCCCAGACGCCGCUGCGGGCGGCGCGGCUGCCGCCGCACGCAGGGUCAGCGGCACCGGCGCAGGCGUGGCGCACCGUCGCCGCCCCCGUGCCGAUCGCCCAGCCGGCCCUGCAGCUCGCCGGCGGGGCCUGGGCCGCAGUGCCUGCUGGUGUCGCGAGCGGGCCCAAGGUGCUGCAGAUGGCACCGGGCAGCUCGCCGGGAGUGCCCGCGUCCGGCCACCCGGCGCAGACCGCCGCAGCAGCGUCGGCACGGCUGUCCAGGGCCACCGCCGGUGCCCAGGAGCCUUUCAGCGUCAACAUACACUCUGCCCCGGACACGAUUCCCAGCGCAGGCGCCCCCCAGGAUCCAGACGUGGGCCUGGCCGCGGCGAUGGCAGGCCUCAUGACGGAGUGGCGAGCGGAGAGCAAUGCUGGCGCGGCGCCGCGCGCCGGAGUGGCGCAGCCGCCCGCCAUCACAUGA